CGACUUGAUGUGGCCAAAGGAUGCCACCAAUGGUGACUGGAUCAGAUGCGUUGUGGAUCACCAUUUCUGGUAGUGCUCACACUCCACAGCUUCGCGCGACACGUCACUGAAGACCCUGGAGACCCUUGUGAUGCUGUUGGGAUAUGCCAGUGCCAGUCACAAUGCUCAAUCAACGGUUUCUGGAUGGCGGAUGGCCAUCCGAACUGCAACUUAUCUUUGGAUGGCAAUCCUGCCGAUGUCAUGGAUGCAGAUGGAAGCGCAGAAUUCCAGGCAGCUCUUGCUGCCAACGAAGCGCAGGGAAUUUGUGACCUCUUGCAAUGUAAACUUGAUUGCCUUCAGCAUUGCCGUGUGCAAUUGCAAUCCGUUGUGGAGCAGUGCGAGAACAUUCGCUCCCUUGUUCCCACUUGCGGUGUCGACUGUGCGGCGCAGACCUCUUCGCGCGAGUUGGCCGUUUGCCUUGUGGGCCAACUGAGAGGUAUCUGCAAGG